GCCCAGCUUUUACAUACAAGGUCUCUGUCCAGUACGUCUGUUGACACUUCCAUCGACAGGCAACAGAAGCAUGAGACGAGGGGCACUGGUAAUUCUUGCUCUCCUGGGGGUGAGCUCUGCCCUCUCCCCCUCCACAUACCUCACCCCAGCUGACAAGGAGAGGCUGAAGCUAGUCCUAGACCCAGCGUGGUCUCUCUCAGACCUCGCACAAGUCCUAUAUGCUUCAGCAGGCUAUAAGCACUUAGGCCAGCCAAUCCCCAAUGAGCAGGGAGUGUGCAAUUUUGUCAAAAGCUCUGCUGGUGAUGGAGCGACAGUCGAAACUCUGUUUUUGGCUUCCUCAGCUGGCAAAGCACUUGGGUGCCCUGUGGCAGCCACUGCAGCCUCCAAGCAGGCUGUAAGUGACGCCAUUCGAGAAGGGGCCUCUCCCCUGGAGCUCUUCCAUGCUGUCACUGCCGCCACAAAUCUAGGGGUUGAGGUAGAUGUUGCCAAGGUCUUGAGGGCUACACAGAUGGCUCUGAAAAAGGAUGACAGCGUACUAAGCUUGGGCUAUGCCUUCCAUGUUGGGUCUCAGCUCCGUGGGGAAGUCAGCAGUAUCUUUGAGAGGAUUGAGGAUGCGAUAGUUCAGGCUGAUGAAGUUGAUGGGCGGAUGCUGCAAUUUGAAGGAGGAUUAUCAAUAACUGCCCUGGUUCUAAGUGGUGCCUACAAGCUGGCUGAGAAUUCAAACAAGGCUCCACCAAUUAAGCCUGACCAAGCCGUCAAGUUCGCCAAUUACCUGAUGUCGCGCAAGUCUGUGCAGGUGCCCAAGGGGGUCUACUACCUCUUGGAGGCUGUAUCCAUGUUCACCAGCAACAGGUUCCAUAUUCCUGUAGCCAUCACACUGGCUAGUAAUGUAGCUGUCAGUGCUGAUGCUCCUCGUGUUCAGGUACGAGUGACAGAUCUGAAGGGCAGCAGUCUUGGUUCCCUUCGUGUUGUUGCAGAUUCUGCCACACGUGACUCAGAUGAGGUUGUCAUAGUGUCCAAGGAGGAAUUGUCUCCACUUGCUGGACAAGAUGGAGUGUAUGAAUUUGACGUGAUGUCCCGGCAGCCAGAGCGAGGCUUUUACCGCCUGGUGGUGAGCACCGUUACCUCAGAUUCACGCCUGGUUGGUCACAUGGCUGCUCAGCUUACCUUUAAGGUCCUCACAGCCAUUGAUAUCCAGGGUGUAGAGGUGGGAACAGCUGACUCUGACCGCUCCACAGCCCCAAGCUUGCAGAAGUUGACUUACCCUAAUAAGCUACCUAGUGAACUUUUAGCCGACCAGCACCAGCGUGUGCUGCUCCGUUUCAUUGUUCGGGACUUAGCAUCAGGACGUUCAACUGAGGUCCAUCAAGCCUUUGUCAAAAUCACACACAUUGAGUCCAAGCGUGAAAUUAUAUUUGUGGCUGAAACAGACUCUAAUGAUGUAUACAAGUUUGAUAUGGAUGUCAGCAACAAUGUCAAGGAGUUUGGUGGAGUUAGUGGCUCGUACUCCAUGGAGCUGAUCAUCGGCGAUGCUUCCAUCAGCAACCCAACCCUGUGGCACAUUGGGGAUGUCUCUCUCUCCUUCCCUGAGGGCAGUGUGUCUUCCCCAUCCCAGGACUACACUUACAAGGCUCGUCCAGAGAUCCAGCACGAGUUCCGCAAGCCUGACCCUCGUCCCUCUACCCUUGUGUCCCUGACUUUCACCAUCUUGUGUCUAGUGCCUCUGUUACUGCUCUUGGCCAUGUGGGCAAAGCUUGGUGUAAACCUCGCCAACUUCCCUCUGUCUCUUUCUUCAGUUGUAUUCCAUGUUGGUCUUGCAGCUAUUCUGGGACUCUUCUGCCUGUUCUGGCUCCAACUAGACAUGUUCACCACCCUCCGCUAUCUGUUCAUGGUGGGCGUCGUCACCUUCUUCUCAGGGAACUCGAUGCUCUCAAACAUCGCAGCUAAUAGGAAGGAUAUGAUGAGUAAUAGUUCAAUAACAAACCGAAAGCAGUCAUCUAGCCUGAUAGAUAUGCAGAUAGAUAAGGACAGGAAGAAAUCAGUCUCCAUUGCAUGACUAGUUGGAUAUGUAGGGAAAUAACAGGAAAGACCGAUUGAGCUAGUUUCCGGAGCAGUAAUGGUAAAUAGGUGACAGUCUGCGUGACAUUAUAUUUUUUUUUUUAGUUAACUAUUAUUGUCAUCAAUAAUAAAUUCUCCUCCAUUCCAACUUCGAUGACGCUGACUGUCUCCCUUGCCGUGCUUUGUAUUUAUGGCAACGCAGACAUUUUCCUGUGCAAAAGUGAUAGUUAUUCUUAGGGAAAGACUGCAGCAAGAAGAUAUAAGAAAAUGGGAGAAAAAAAGGAGAAUGAAGACAGAAGCGAGAAUGGAAGAAAGAAAAAUAGAUGGGAAGAAAAAUAUUCAUAUACAAACUAAUUGAAAUGAUUUGAGUGUUUAUUUUGAUGGAGGAAAUCAUCAAGUACCAGUACUAUUGUUGUUUUUUGUGAUGGAUAGAGAGAGAGAGAGAGAGAAGAUUAAAUAUUUGUAUCUUUCAUUUCUUUCUAUCUUUUUUUCUUUCAUUCUUUCUCUCUCCUCUUCUCUGAUAUUUCAAUAGAUGUGAGCGCGUUUUCCUGGAUACGCUUGGACUCUCAUUUCCUCUCCAGGCGAGUGAUUGCCGGGAGAAUGAGUGUGUGAAUGAACAAGCAAAAAAAAAACGUUCAUAAGUUCAUGUUCUUUUAUUUUUAUUUUUUGUUUUUGUCAUUUUCUUCAGCCUUUUGAGGAGAGUGUUAUCUCCAGAAAAAAGGUUUGUCAUUCCACAUUUUUUUUUCCCAGUGUUUCUUCUUCAUAUCGUGUGUCACUACUGCUUGUUAAGUCAGUAAUUUGUGUGAUUUAUUGUUGUGAGGUGAGAAGGAAAUGGUGAAUAAAAUCAUGUCAUGUUAUGU